CACAUUUGGUCGUGGAUUCUAUGAAGCCAUUUUAUCAUGAGUCGUGGAAUUCGUGGAGACAGAUACCGUACAACAUCAGAGAGCAAACGUGGAAUCAAUUUAGGACAAAGUGUAUAUGGCAUCCUCAGCAUCAAAAUGAAAUAAAUAGUAUUUUCGAGAAGAAGACUGCUAAGCGGAUUAAAAAUACUAUGUACGCUGCUCGGAAUGCAGGUAAAAUACCGGACUGGUUAAGAAAAGAUGUUUGGGAUAAACUUCUUGAGAAAUGGAAUGCCGCAGAAUGGAAGGCGAAGAGUGAACAAGAAAAGGCAAACCGUGCCUCCAAUAAAGGUGGCUCAUUGCACACAGGAGGUUCGAUUAGGUUUAUGGCCCAUAAACUAAGAUUGGAAAAGGAAAGAGGGCGAGAUAUGAGUCACACUGAGGUCUUCGAGGAGACGUAUAAGAAAAAGAAGAAGGAUGGUACAAGAGAAUACUGGGUGGAGACGCGUGCGUCAGACACAUAUAGGCAGCGGGUGGAGUAAACAAAGGCAGAGUCUAUGGACUUGGAGUACGUCGACCUAUAGGUCAUCCAAACCCACUAUUAGCCAAUUCUUCUUAUUCUCAAAAUCAAGAACAUAUGAAAGAUAUAAGAAAGGAAAUUCGUGAUAUGAAGCAACAAUUGGACUCCCAAUUCGGAACAUUUGUUAAGAUGCAGAUAUUCAUGAGAAACCAUGGGCAUGAUCUAUCUGAUGAUGAGGAUGAACAAACUAAAUCUAAUGUGUAGUAGUUUAGGUGUGAUAUUGUAACGAUCCGACCGGUCGUUUUGAGAUUUUGCAUUUUGCUCGCCAGU